UCUGUUGCAAUCGUUGUUCUACCAUCUUUGUCACAGGCCAUCAGGUUAAACUUUCGUUGUGAGGAUAAAAUGCCGUCUAGAGAAAGACUUACUGGAUUUAUAUUUGGAAUUGGUUGUGCAGCCAUGUUUCUGCUGAUCUACUCAAAGCAGCAAAAAAAAUCUGACUGGGAGUUGCAUGCAGAAAGAAACGUGGAUGGACCACUCAAGGAAAUACGUCAGCAGGGACAGCUCCAAGUCACUGAAAGGACUAAUGGAACCAAGGUACAACCCUCGGUGACGAACCUGGUGGUAAAGCCAAACAUGCAAAGAAAAUCAGACUGGGAGUUGCAUGCAGAAAAAAACAUGGAUGGACCACUCAAAGAACUACGUCAGCAGGGACAGAUUGUUCUACCGGAGAAAGCUGCAAUAGCGAAAAUGACCGUCAGUGAAGCAUUUAGAACAUUCCACAGUUACCUUGACAACGUGGAUACAAUAUGCCACCGGAAGCUGCGGAUGGGAAAACUGGGAGAUGGAGGCUGGGAAAUCUGUGACGAUGCCAACUACCGUCCAGUAAAGCCAUGUAUCGUGUACUCUUUUGGAAUCAACAACGAUUUUUCAUUUGACGAUGACACGGCCAAAAACUAUGAGUGUGAUGUCUCUUCCUUUGAUCCGAGUAUGACCCAGGCAUCCUACCAGAGGUCGCCACAUGUCCGGUUUUUUAAAUCAGGCCUUGACGGAAAAGACCAGAAGAGGAAUUCCUGGGAUUUACAGACCUUGACGACCAUCAAGAAAAUGUUGAACCACACCGGGAAAUACAUUGAUGUUUUAAAGAUGGACAUAGAAAAUUCAGAAUGGCCCUCGCUACCCAACAUGUUGUCAUUAGGGGAACUGUCGAAAGUCAGACAGUUUCUCGUGGAAUACCACGGACAUUGUGACAAGAGGGAUGACUGCAUCAGCAAACUGAGUACAAUGAAAGACGUCCAUGAUGCAGGAUUCAGGAAGUUUUAUGUCCACAAAAAUGAUCAAUGUAGUAUUAAUAAUCAGUUAUUUCCUGUCGUAAGAACAGUUUGCUACGAGAUUCAUUACGUGAACAUCAAUCUACAAUGAAGUCCAUGUUCAUCGAGUGAGUGAGUGAGUUUACUUUUUACGCCGCCUUUAACACUAAGUGAAAUAUUUUAUCACUUUUAAUUUGUUUGUUUGUUUGUGAUUGCGUGUUCUAAAAUAAAGUAAAAGCUUAGAAUUUUUUUCUGUAAGUAGUUAAUACUUUUCAGAACAAAGUGAUUUUUAAAAAAAAGAAAAAAAGAAGAAGAAUAUGGAUUUGCAGAAGUAUAUGUAACAUCACUUCCCCAAGACUCCAGAAACUGAUCUAUUAAGACUAGAUGCAUUAUCAAUUCAUUCGAGAAGAUUUGGAUUUUCUGAAGCAGGGGAACACCACAAGUUGUUAAAAUGAAUUUAAAGGAGAAUUCGAGAAAAUUGCAAUAACUGACUGGGUGAAAUAUAAAGUCAUCAGAAACAUGUACCCCAAUUUUUCAUGCAAAAGUAUUUUUAUUUAUAUUUUAAAAGCGAAAACAGUUUCUGUUAUCUGAGCUUCGGCCAUUAUGCACAUUCAGCUGGAACGCACGUGACCUUUUCGCUCAUGACGUCAUUUGUGACUAAAGUCAGCCAUAUUACCUAAGACCAAGCGAUACAGUAAUACAAAUCGUGUUGUUUCUGUCGGUUUAGUAAAUGGCAUGAUAGUGUUUUGUUUUACCCUGGGAUGCACGGCGUCAUCGAAAGUUGGAUAGAGACACCAUUUCUUCCGUUUUCCAAGUAAAGAGACAGAUUUAGGUAGGAGAAAGGUUUGGAUUCAUAGGUGCCAACGUUGGGAGACACACUGGAAGCCAAGCAAGAAUGCAGUCCUGUCUUCCGAUCAUUUCGAGUUGGAUACAUAUGAAGAAGAUCCAAUUCGCCUUGCACACAUAGGAUAUGAAAAUCCAAAAUCUAGACUAAAAAUGGAAGCAGUAUCCACAGGAUUCAUUUUUCUACAUUAUUCCAUGUUGCAAGUUACCGUCAGUGGUAUUUUGUAUUCUUUCAAAUCAAUGCUUGAAAAGGUU